AUGUUGCUCGACAUUCAUACCUCAAUUUUCAAGACAGCUGUAUUGACACUUUGUGCUCUAUUAGUACUCAAAGUAGCUGUCUAUAUUAUAUACAACUUCUUUUUCCAUCCGCUUUCCAAGUAUCCCGGGCCACCGCUUGCACGAAUCUCAAGAUUAUGGAGCCGAAUCGGCAACUUCCAAGGGCGAAAGUCAGAAAGAAUCCACGAAGCACAUGUUAGGUAUGGCUCUGUGGUUCGAGUUGGACCAAAUGAACUUUCCUUUUCAACACCCACUGCCGUGCAGGCAAUCUACACUUCCAAUGACUUUACUAAAGAACAGAGCUUCUAUCGCGCGAAACGAAUAUUCCAUGAAAACCACUUGUUUAGUUUCAGAGACGCUGAAGCCCAUAAAACUCGCCGAAAAAAUUUCUCCAGAGGGUUUUCUCAAUCUUCAAUGCUCGAUUUUGAACCCCACGUCUCUUCAAAGAUCAAGACGCUUCUGAACCAGUGGGCGACGAGAGCUAACGACGGACCCAUUGACGUGUAUCCUUGGUGUCACUGGCUGGGAUUUGACGUCAUUUACCAUCUCAUGUUCGAUGAGGAUCCUGGGUCUGUGCAGCGGGGCCAGCCGCACCAGGUCAUGAAAUACAUCAAGGCUUGGAAACCCACGUAUAUCUAUAAAGAAUUCCUACCUCAGAUGGAACAAUACGGAGUCUACGUCCCUGGAACCAUCGGCGGAUAUUUCAGGGAUGUUCGCACAUGGAAAAAUUAUGCACUCACGCUUGUCGAAGGAAUCCGCCAGAAAGACUCGCAUACACCCUUCCUCCGAAAUGUCCUCAGUGCAGAGAAGAGCGAAAACACGGCGCAGCCUUUAACGAACUCGGAGCUUGCGGAGGAAUGUAUGGGAGGCAUGUUCGGCGGAAGCGGAACUACCGCAAAUACGUUCGUAUACAUACUCUGGGCGUGUUUGAAACAUCCCAAGGUGGUAGAAAAGCUGAGGUCAGAGCUCCUCCAAGCAUUCCCAGAGCCAGGUUUGGUCCCCGACUAUCAAACCUGCAGCAAGUUACCCUACCUUCAGGCUGUUAUCAAUGAGACUCUUCGAAGGUAUCCCACUAUCGUGGCGACCUUGCCACGCACCGCAAAUAACGAUACUGUAAUUGAUGGAAUCCCAGUACCUAAAGGGACUAUUGUGGGAACUCAGAACUUCACCAUACACCGCAAUGAGGAUGCAUUUCCAUUACCUGAGGAAUUUAUUCCUGAGAGAUGGUUGACCGCUGAUGGCAGCGAAACUCGCAAGGCAUCUUGGACACCUUUUUCUGUUGGUUCCAGGAGGUGCAUCGGCAUCAAUCUCGCUCAAAUGGAGCUUUCCAAGCUGACUGCGGCUUUCUUUUUGAGAUUUGAUGCAAGGGUUGAUGAGACCAUGACCGAGGAAGAUAUGAGAAUGUAUGACACGUUCAAUGCUGGUCCGGCUGGUGCGAGGUUACUGGCCAUGAACGCAACCAAGGUACAUGAUCAAAGUGGACGAAAGGUUGUCAAACGCCGUAAGAUCGCACUCGCAUGCGAGUAUUGCCGGAAGCGCAAGACACGAUGUGACGGCAGGCAACCUGCUUGUUCAGCGUGCGAAGCUAAGGGUCUGAGUGCUACUUGUCUCUAUGAACAGAGUUCUCUCACAACAAAAAGAUAUGUUUCGGAUCUUGAGGCUCGAGUACAAGAGUAUGAGCGCCGGUCCCAAACAACUUUCCUAAUGCCCAGCGUCACAUCUGAAACAACCACGGACCGAAACUCUUCUCCAGCUCAGGACACUUUCCUGGGCCAAAGGAAGGAUAACCGGUAUCCCCAAAUACAACAACAACCCGGUAUGGCGAUCCCAGACGAUCCUCCAUCGAUUUCUUUCGAAAGCUUCCAGUCAGAUGACAGGCUCCUAUCCCCUCCAAGAACCGAGUCUGUCAGUAGCGACGCCAUGGUAGUAGUUCCAUAUCCCGAAUGCAGCAAUGAUAAAGAUCUUGGUCAGUCAUCAUCAAUAUCAUUUAUUCAGUCAAUGCUGCGAACUGUGACCCGGGAUCAUUCAGUCUUUAAGGUCUCUCAUCAUCCGGCUAAGAAUUCAUAUCCGUUCCUCCAAACCCUCGAUGAAGAAGCAUUGUUUCUUCCGCCACGGAGAGUAGCCGACGGCUUUGUACAAGCCUACUGGAGAUUCUUGCACCCAAUACUGCCCAUUUUACAUAGGCCGACUUUCACGGGAAGCUACGAUAAGUUAUGGAUGGUAGACGAUGCCAAAGGGUCAGAUCAAAUCUGCAACGUCGACGACGCGGUUUUCCUCUCGACUGUCAAUAUAGUCCUGGCAAUCGGAUGUCAAUUUAGCGAACAAAUCGAACCGACCCGAAAGUCGAGCAUGGCGAGCAAGUUCUACCAGCGGUCAAAAGCUCUGUUAACAGACGAAGUUUUGGAUCAUCCAACCUUAGCUCUUGUACAGCUUUUGCUACUCACAGGCGUGUACCUGCAGUCUACAGAAUAUGCUAAUAGAUGCUGGAACACUGUCGGUUUAGCCAUUCGGUCGGCGCAAAGCAUUGGUCUUCAUCUUGAUCGAAAACGCGGUUCCAUAAAUCAGCUCGAGCGAGAAAUGGAAAGGAGAGUAUGGCAUACGUGUGUAUUCCUCGAUCGCCAGCUCGCUUGUACCUUUGGCCGGCCACCGAUGGUUCUAGACUCAUCGAGUGUGCCCAAGCCUGAGAUGAUCAAUGAUGAAUAUUUAUCGGAAACUCGCCAAGGCGUUCAACCGACGAAUGCCUAUCCACAGAUGGGCUGUUUCGUCUACUCCUGCGACUUGUUUGACAUCCUGCAUCAGAUCUUGGUUGAAUUCUACGUCAAAAAGAAGCCCAACCCUCACAACCGGAGCACAGAUUCCUGGUUGGGAGACGAGAUACAAGUUAUCAUGGGUUACCAUCGGGAGUUAAAUAAGUUUCAAGAAUCACUCCCAGGCUCUUUGGCUACUUCUGACAGUACGGAUGAAUCUGGAGAUGCUCUGGGCUCUCGAAUAUUGCAUUCCAGAGCAGAUGCGUUUGCCUGCGUUGUGGUACUGGCUGCUGCACGUCUUUGCACAGUGUUGAACGGAGACAUCGACAAGGCUUCGAUCCAAGCUUCAUGGUCGCAGUGUAUGCGAGUAUUUGAUAAAUACAAGCUACACUCUCCUGCGGCAUCUCACGCAAUAAAGAUAUUGGAAGUAUUAGAAGCGCGACUUCCAAAAUUCGGACCUGGAAUCAACAAAUUCCCCCCCGAAACACAGAUACACACUGGAGAGCAAGACGCUAUGGCAGAGCAAGGAGAUGAUUUUGUGGAUGAUAACCAGCGGCAAUUGGACUCAGGUGAGCUUGUGGGUGAUCUUCCAGAGAUCGACUUUGGUUCUACAUGGGCGCUCUUGGAUGAUCUGCUUCAGUGUGAAUCCUCUAGUUACAACGUCACCAAUCACACUAGCCAGAGCAGCUUGAGUUCAGGUAUCUGGGGAGGGUUUCUAUAG